UGAAGAGAAAAAGGCAGUCACACACUGAUUUCAUCUCUGUGUCUCCUCUGGAAACAAAGGAGUAGAGAGUAUAAAUGCUGGAAGCAGUGGUGAAUUCCAAUUCCAUGAAUGGAGUUGAUGAUGGUGGGAUUCCACAGCUGCAUGGCAAUGGAGAGAGCAGUGAAGAGGGUCUCACGGUACUUCCCCGUCACACCAAGGUUAUUGUUACCGGCAACAACCGGACCAAGUCGGUACUUGUCGGCCUUCAAGGCGUCGUCAAGAAAGCCGUUGGGCUUGGCGGCUGGCAUUGGCUGGUCCUUACAAAUGGUAUUGAAGUGAAACUACAAAGGAAUGCUCUUAGUGUUAUUGAAGCUCCGACCGGCCAUGAGGAUGAUGAUGACCUUGAAUGUGAGAACAUACACUGGAACGAUUCUGAUGUGGGAGAGUUUAGUCCACCUGGUUCUGAUGAUACUCGGAAGUUUUAUAGAGCAAGGAAUCAGCCCCAUAAAUCAGUUAGAUCACAGAGGGCUAUGAGCAGGCCGCUUUCUGAUGAUUCACAGUCUAAAGGAUCUUAUUCACCUACCCAGAGUUCAACGAAAGUUGACUUCAGCAAACUAGAAAAAACAGCACUACUGAGAUAUUGGAGACACUUUAACCUAGUGGAUUCUAUACCAAACCCAUCAAAAGAGCAGCUAAUUGAUGUUGUUCAAAGGCAUUUCAUGUCACAGCAAUUGGAUGAAUUGCAGGUGAUUAUUGGUUUUGCUCAGGCUGCAAAGAGGCUGAAAACAGUUUGCAAUUGACUUUGGAUGAAAGAAAGUUUCCAUCUUGUAGGCUGUUCACUAACACUUGGUUUCAUCUUCUGGUCUGUAAAAGUAUAUAGAGCCUUGUGCUUGUUUGACCUUGAACUACUGCAAGUCAGCGGAGAGAAUUCUAGGGGUUCCUUGUGCAUGUAGUUAUGUAGAUAAGACCUUGUUAAUGCCUUGAGUGGAUCUCUGGUUAGUUCCUCCUCUCACCUUCACCCCCAUAUCCAGUUAUUUGAUGUACUUGACUCAUCAAUUGAAGAUCACCCCAUGUUUGGGCUCUAACAAUUUCAGCC